CCUAAGCCCUUUAAACUUUUUCCAUCUCUCUUCCAACUUUCCCUCCUCAAAUUCUCUCCUUGUGUCACUCCUUGUUCUGUUGUUCCUGUCUCUUGAGCUUCAACUGCUUUAGCUGGUUCUUGCCUGCUAAAAUUCUAAACUCUGCAUGGAAUCGAAUUUCUCGAGUGUAGAUUCGGAAUCUUGGGAAUCAGCAUACGACACUUUAAGUUAGAACUUCCAUUGAACCAGCACGCAUCAUUCCAAAAUGAGAAGCAGUCAAAUGUUUCAUUUCCUGCUGUUCUUCAGUAUACUUGGUGCUGUUCUUGAUGUUUCUCUAGGAGAUGAUCCGUCGGGACCCUACUGGCUUCUAAGAGUCAAGGCACAACUGAAUGAUCCUUCUGGAGUUCUAAACAAUUGGUCUCCAGAAGCUCAUGUAUGUGGAUGGUACGGGGUCACAUGUUCAUACAACAGAUCAAAGGUGGUGGGAUUGAACUUGAUGAAUUCUGGGCUGUCAGGUCCAAUCUCACCCGAAUAUGGUUUUCUCACUUCACUAGAGAUGCUUGAUUUAUCGUCAAAUUCCUUCACCGGCUCGAUUCCUCCCGAGCUUUCAAAGCUCCAAAAUUUGAAGUCACUCCUCCUUUAUUCCAACUCCCUCUCCGGCGAGAUACCUGCGGAAUUAGGCCUGCUGAAAAAGUUGCAAGUCCUAAGAAUAGGAGAUAACCUCUUAAGCGGCAAGAUCAUCCCGGAUAUCGGCAACUUGUCGGAGUUAAGAGUAUUAGGCCUUGCCUAUUGCCAAUUCAAUGGGAGUAUUCCUCUUGAGAUUGGAAAUUUGAAGAACCUGAUUUCUCUGGACUUGCAGAAGAGCUGUCUCAGCGGCCAGAUUCCUCAAGAGAUUAGCAGCUGCGAAGCGCUUGAAAACUUUGCAGCGUCCAACAACAUGUUGGAAGGGGACAUUACUUCUUGGGUGGGAUCGCUGAAGAAACUCCAAGUUCUGAACUUGGCGAACAACAGCCUCACUGGACCAAUUCCAACUGAAAUAGGUGGUCUCUCUAAUUUGAGGUACUUAAAUUUGCUCGGAAACAAGCUGAUUGGGGAGAUCCCUGGAGAGCUCGUUGGGCUGGUUCAGCUCGAAAUGCUUGACUUAUCGGAAAAUAACCUCUCCGGGUCUAUUAGCCUUUCUAGUACCGAAUUGAAGAGCUUAAAAGUUCUGUUCUUAUCCGAUAAUAUGUUGACGGGCGGACUGCCAAACAACUUCUGCUCGAGCAGCUCAAGCUUGAGACAGCUCAUUCUCGCUCGUAAUGAACUCUCCGGCAAAUUCCCCAUGGAGUUAAUGAACUGUUCCUCGCUCCAACAGCUAGAUUUGUCAGAUAACAACUUUGAGGGGUCCCUGCCAUCGAGCCUCAACAGGCUACAGAAGCUCACCGAUCUCCUUCUCAACAACAAUAGCUUCACCGGAGUCCUACCUCCUGAGAUCGGGAACAUUAGCACCCUGGAAAAUCUUUAUCUCUUUGAUAACAUGAUCACAGGUAGCUUACCAGAGCAACUCGGCAAGCUAGACAAGUUGAGCACCCUCUACCUGUAUGACAACCGGAUGACGGGAAGCAUUCCUAGAGAGCUGACUGACUGCUCAAGCUUGACUGAAAUCGAUUUUUUUGGGAACCACUUUAGUGGGUCUAUUCCCUCUACGAUCGGGAAGCUAAAGAAUCUGGUGGUGCUUCACCUGAGGCAGAAUGAAUUUUCAGGUCCGAUCCCACCGAGUUUGGGAUACUGUACGAAGCUUCAGCUUCUGGCCUUGGCCGAUAAUAAGCUCUCCGGAACUAUACCACCCACUUUCCAGUUUCUCUCGGAACUCAGCACGAUCACACUGUACAAUAACUCCUUGGAGGGUCCACUGCCUGAAUCUUUCUCCCUUCUGAAGAGCUUGAGGAAAAUCAACUUUUCUCAUAAUCGACUCGAAGGGACGAUAACUGCCCUCUGCAGAUUAAAUCUGUUGACCGCGCUCGAUCUUACAAACAACAGCUUCUCAGGCCCCAUCCCUUCCACACUGGGAAUGUCAUUGAAUUUAACCCGUAUCCGCCUUGCCCACAAUCAUCUCACUGGCAACAUUCCUUCUCAGCUCGGCCAGCUCACCGAGCUCAGAUUUCUGGACCUUUCUUUCAAUAAUUUGGAUGGAAAUGUGCCAUCUCAGCUAUCGAAUUGUGGAAAACUUGAACACCUCCUACUUAGCAACAACAAUUUCACAGGCACCGCACCCUCCUGGCUCGGGGGACUAGAAGAACUCGGGGAACUAGAUCUCUCAUCCAAUGCAUUACUAGGAUCAAUACCGGGCGAGUUGGGAAAUUGUUCAAAGCUCCUCAAGCUUUCCCUCCGUAGCAACAAUCUCUCAGGAGUGAUUCCACCGGAGAUUGGAAGUCUAAUCGCUCUAAACGUCCUCGAUUUGCAAAAGAACAAUCUUACGGGCACGAUUCCUUCCACAAUUCAGCAAUGCACAAAGCUUUUUGAACUUAGACUCUCAGAGAACUUCCUUACAGGUCCAAUACCGUCCGAACUGGGACAGCUAACCGAAUUGCAGGUGAUCCUGGAUCUGAGCAGGAACUCAUUCUCGGGCGAGAUCCCUUCUUCGCUCGGGAAUAUGGUGAAGCUAGAGAGGUUGAACUUGUCUUCCAAUCAGCUUCAAGGAGAAGUUCCACCUUCCCUAGGAAAACUGACAAGCCUUCACAUGCUGAACCUGUCAAACAAUCAUCUCCAGGGCCGACUUCCUCCAACUUUUUCAGGAUUCCCACUCAGCUCUUUCAUAGGAAACAAGGAGCUUUGCGGCCCACCAUUAGCAUUGUGCUCCUCAAAAGCAAUGGAGAAGUCACUGUCCAAAGGUGAGGUCGCGGGGAUCGUGGCAGCCAUCGUCUUUACCUCAGCAGUGAUAUGCUUGGCAAUGCUUUACAUCAUGAUGAGAAUCUGGUGCAACUGGCGGAGAGUCCUAAUAUCGAGCUCCGAGGGAAACAUAGCCGAGCUCAAGAGAGAAGAUAUGUGGAUCCAUGGGAAUGAAAAGAGAAGAAACAACGGCAACUACUGGAAGAUGAACUCCUGGUUGGCGCCUUCGCACAAUAAGCACCCCUCGAGCACGUGCAUUUUCCAGCUCAAAAUGGAUACAGAAACUCCAGACAGAACAUCGGUAUGAGGAGAUAUCGACUGUUUUUGUGUCCUUCCAUGUUUUGAUUGAGUUUUCAGUUGAUUUCCACAGUAUUCCUUCGUUCUUUCUCCAACUGUUUCUUAGUCCUUUUCUUUUUGCAAAACGAAUAAGUUAAGAUCGUUUCGCAAGCUUAGACAGCAGUGCUGAGAGUUUCGGUUCCUCGCUGUCUUUGUGUAUCACUAUUGUGCAAAGAUUAUGUCUACUCAACGUGUAUAAACUCACUGAUACUGCUAGUUCUCGUGUUUC